AAGAAGAAGAAGCGGGUACACAGUGUAUGUAGACAGUCAUGGAGCGAUAGACUUCCUCCUGAGAAGUUUAGAAAACAUCUCCGGGUCCUUUCUGGCGGCACCUCGGUGCUGGCAUGCUGUGUCAGGAUGGGGAACCUGUUUGGGAAAAAGAAGCAAACCCGAGUGACGGAGCAGGACAAAGCCAUUCUGCAACUGAAGCAGCAGAGAGAUAAACUGCGACAGUAUCAGAAGAGGAUCAACCUACAGCUGGAGAAGGAGCGACGCUUAGCCAAACAGCUGCUGAAGGAUGGAAAGAAAGAGAAAGCUCUCCUCCUGCUGAAGAAGAAGCGUUACCAGGAUCAGCUCCUGGACAAGACGGAGAACCAGAUCAGUAAUCUGGAGCGUUUGGUUCAAGACCUGGAGUUCGCUCAGAUCGAGAAGAAAGUCAUCGACGGCCUGAAAGUGGGAAAUGAAUGUCUGAAGAAGAUGCACGAGGUGAUGUCCAUCGAGGAGGUGGAGCGGAUUAUGGAUGAAACCCAGGAUUCCAUCGAGUACCAAAGGCAAAUCGACGAGAUGUUGGCCGGCUCCUUGUCUCAGGAGGAUGAAGACGCCGUCCUGGCCGAGCUGGAGGCCAUAACUCAGGGAGACGUGGAGCUUCCCGACGUUCCUUCAGACGAGCUGCCAGAAGUCCCACAAGCCGCAGAGGAGAAACCAGACCGCGAGCGUGAGCGUCCCAGGAAGAAGGCGGAGCCUCAGAUGCUCGCGGCCUGACGUCAACCCGACUGACUGACGCGCUGAAGACGUCCGCUCAUCCACCCGGAGGUGGAGCGGCUCCGCCCCCGGACUGGAGCGCGGCGUCCGGACCUGCAACUCUGAUCUGUGAGAUCAGAUCAAUGUGCCUGAAAUCAGUUUGUUUACCACUUGAUGCGUCUCUCACAGACAGGAAGUGCUCGUGUAUGUAACUCAUUUUAACCUAUGAGAUUAUCCUUUUGAUUUCUGCUUUGUAAACUGUCUGCUGAACUUUAUCGGAUUACAUCAAACACUCCUCCACAGGGCUCAUAUCUCAAACUUGUGCUUUGUAAUGGCAUUUUCAGACGCUUGUGUCUGGAUUUCCAGAUUUUUUAAAGGUGUUCGAGAGACUAAUCCCACCUCCCCAUCCCCACAUGUUGUAUGUCAUAAUUUGGGCUCAAUGAGGAAUAAAACACAUUUUAUCUUCUUUUUUUUGCCAUAA